AGAUAAAGUCAGCGCUGCGCGGAGGGCAGAGGAGUUGAGGGGACGAUUGCGCACCUGAGAAGCGACGAGCCGCAGUCUGAGUGAAACACAUACAACAUGCCGAGGUCCUUCCUGGUGAAGAGCAAAAGGGCGCACAGCUACCACCAGCCACGCUACCUUGACGAUGACUAUAACAGACUGGACACUAUUCUUGCUCACGUAUGCGCAGAGAGCAAAUCUCACGAGGAGUUCGACUCCAACGUUGAGCCACAGGGAGACGUGACAGCGGGGUCCAGGCGGCGGUCUCCGGGGUCGCUGUCCUCCUGCUCCCCGCUGAGUUGCGGAGGAAGCGUGUGUGAACGGUCGUCUGACUGUGAUUUCUGGCGCCCGCCGUCUCCCUCUUCUUCACCAGAUUCAGAUAAAUGUUCGACUCCGGCCGCGGAGGAUGGACGCUUCAACAUCUCUCUCUUUCCCUACUCCUGGUCGGCAUACUCUGGCUCCGAGUUGAGGAAUCUGGUCCAGGGGCCUUAUCAGCAACCCCUGCGAGGCCACAGGAGAUCUCAGUCCCCCGUCACCGUGUUCGGGGUGGAGGACAGCGGCGGGGAGCAGGGUUACGCGCAGCGGGGCCUCGGUGCCGGACGCUACCAGGACUAUUCUCCAACGGCCCACCGAAUAUCCAGGAUUCGGGACGGAGACGAGCUGUAUGUGGAAGGAGAACAGCUGCCCCGCAGGAUUGAAAUUAAAUCUGAGGAGGAUUUCUUGCCAUCUAGCCUGGAAGCAAAUGGAUCUUUUAAGUGCAUUAAAUGCUGCAAGGUGUUCUCCACAUCUCACGGGCUGGAGGUCCACGUGCGGCGCUCCCACAGCGGGACGCGGCCCUUCGAAUGCGGGAUCUGCGGGAAAACCUUCGGACACGCAGUGAGCCUGGAUCAGCACAGGGCGGUCCACUCACAGGAGAGAAGCUUUUCCUGUAAAAUCUGUGGGAAAAGCUUCAAACGCUCCUCCACGCUCUCCACGCACCUGCUGAUCCAUUCAGACACGCGGCCCUAUCCGUGCCAGUACUGCGGAAAGAGAUUCCACCAGAAGUCUGACAUGAAAAAGCACACUUUCAUCCACACAGGAGAGAAACCGCACAAGUGUCAGGUGUGCGGGAAGGCCUUCAGUCAGAGCUCCAACCUCAUCACGCACAGCAGGAAACACACCGGUUUCAAACCGUUCGGAUGCGACCUGUGCGGGAAAGGUUUUCAGAGGAAAGUGGAUCUGAGGAGACACAAGGAGACGCAGCACGGACUCAAAUAAGCUGAUCCCAACCCUUUAAUACGAAAUCCGGCACUUUGUACUUUGAAUGUAUAUAUAUCUUGUUUUCGUGUGAUGUAUUGCCCUGUCUUUUAUCAAUUAACUCCACUGAAAUGUUAUUUUAUUCCCAUUUAUUUAUCAUCUGUUUUUACGCGUUAUUAUUAUGGGGGAACCGAAUAAUUUAUUUCCAAAGCUGAC